AUGCAUGUCAGAGUAAGAUUUUUUGGAAAACCUGACACAAUUGUUGUUGUAGAAUCUAAACUAACGAAGAUAGAACAGUUUCGGCGUAUCAUAAAAGAAAAGUUUGGCGUUGAACCGAAAUCUCAACGUUUAUUCUAUGGAGGGAAAGUGCUUGAAAAUGGAUACACAUUCCAUGACUAUAAUAUCAAACUUAAUGAUGUUGUCCAAUUGAUGGUGAAAUGUCCAGAAGACAAUGUACAAAAAGAAGAAAUAAAAGAGGAACUCAAAUUCUCUGUACCCAAAGAGUCUGAAGAAAAGAAAGUUGAAUACAAAGAUGUUACGAGCACAUUGUUCGAAGUUGGUGAUUUAGUUGAUGUACGAACCAGAGAUGAGGGUUCAUGGUUUGAAGCAAAAAUUAUAAGAAUAGUGCUAGACCCUAAUGUUGCAGACAUUCCCAGAGAUACUUGUGAAUAUGAUAAAAAUGAUGUUGAGAACCAGCCUCCAGGAAACAGUAAAAAGAAAGGAAUUGAAAAGUUUUUUGCCAAACAGAUGAAAGAUAAGUUCAAAACUAAUAUUAUAAGGCAAGAAGAGCAUUUACUAUUUAAAGUACAUUUUGAAGAGUUUGAGGAUGAUUCAGAUCAGUUUUGUAAGUUAAAAGAAAUUAGGCCAAGAGCACGGAAUAGCAUUGAUAUCAAAGAUGUGAAACCUGGAUGGAUGGUUAUGAUCAACCACAACAUUAACAAAUCAUCAGAAAAAGGCUUUUGGUAUGAUUUUAAAGUGGAGGAAGUAAAGAAGGGUAGAAGAGGUUACGAACUAGUGGGAACACUAUAUCUUGGUCAAGAUGCGAUACCUCAAAAUGACACCAAAGUCCCCAUUCAUGAUAAAAUAUUUGCAAUAGAAGAAAUUGUUCCACUAGCGAAACGAUCUGAGGAGUACAAAAAGUUGAUUUCUAACCCUCCUGAGCCAAGAUCGAAACCUUUAAGGUGCACAGCGUGUCGUGAUGAUGAGGAUGUAAAUUGUAAAGAAUGUGGCUGUUACAUCUGCUAUGGAAAGGAAUCACCUGAUGAGAUUAUCCUCUGCGACGAGUGUAACUACGGUUUCCAUAUGAAGUGCUUGGACCCACCUCUAAAGGAACUGCCCGAAGAAGACUGGUACUGCCCUUCUUGUAAGAGAGAUACAAACGAAGUGGUUGCUCCAGGUGCAGCAAAGCAAAUCAAAAAGAAUUCCAAAAGUAAUAGAGAUUGGGGCAGAGGCAUGGCGUGCGUUGGCAAAACAAGAACCUGUGCUAUGCCUGCUAAUCACUUUGGUCCGAUUCCUGGUAUUGAAGUCGGAAUGUGUUGGAGAUUUAGGAUUCAGCUUUCAGAGUCUGGGGUACAUCGACCACCAGUGUCCGGUAUCCAUGGUCGAGAUGUUGAAGGCGCUUACAGUAUUGUCCUUGGAGGUGGAUAUGAGGAUGAUUAUGACAACGGCUAUGAAUUCACAUACACUGGCAGCGGUGGUAGAGAUUUGUCAGGCAAUAAGCGCACUGCAGAACAAUCCUGUGAUCAAACACUUACCAGAGAGAAUAAGGCGCUAGCACGUAACUGUGCAGUGAAAGUGAUAAGCGAGAGUGGUGGUGACGCGGGUGAUGACUGGAAGCAAGGCAAGCCUGUCCGUGUUGUCAGGUCUUACAAGAUGAUGAAACAUUUUCCCAAAUAUGCGCCAAAGGAAGGCAUACGUUAUGACGGAAUAUACAAGGUGGUCAAAUAUUACCCGGAAAAAGGACUUUCAGGGUAUCAGGUGUGGAAAUAUUUACUUCGUAGAGACGACCCUAAUCCCGCCCCUUGGGAAGCUGGCGCAAAUCAAUAUCCUAUUAUCUAUCCAGAUGGUUAUCUUGAAGCAGAAGCCGAGAAAAAGGCACUUAAGGAAAAAUCCAAAAAGGGUAAACCUAAGAAAAGAACCAAAGAAAAUGACUCUUCAGAUUCUGACUCUUCUCGUCCGACUAAAAAACGUAAAGUAAAAGAAAAUGUUACAACAAAAAGAACAUUAAAAGAAAAUAAUUGUCUUAAAGAAGAGGAAAGGAAAACGAAAAAAGUCAGGACCUCCGACUCGGAGUCAAAAGAAGGCGACAAAAGUGCUUCAGUGCCGUCGAGCCCAAAAAUACCAGACAUAUUCAAAAAAGCUGCAAGAAGUCCGAAAUCCAAGGAAAAUGCAACCGGACUAACUUCUGAAGAAUUGGCUGUCAUUAAAUCUGAUUCUUUGAAUACCAAAUUGUGGAACGAAUGUGUUGACAUAUACAAAGAACAUGGAAAGAAGGAGUUUAUAGAACACGUAACUCAAGUGUUUUUGUGCAUCAUUUGUCAAGACGUCACUGUUUCACCUGUUACCACUCCAUGUCUACACAACUUUUGUAUGGCUUGUUUAAAGCUGGCUUUUAAAUCAACGGAUUGUCAGCAGUGUCCAUGCUGUAGACACAACUUGUCCAAAAUGGAACUAACUCCAAACGAAAAUCUUAAAACUGCACUGCGGACCAUUCUUGCCGGCUAUGAUGCCGGUAAGAAAUAG